AUGGAUUAUAUAACAUAUUUAUCAUCUGUACAAAAGAAUUUAUUUGGAUACGGUGGUCCAAUCAUCAUCCCUAUUGGUACAAUAUGUUGUGCGCUUAGUUUAUUAGUCUUUUCUAAAAAAGCAUUACGUAAAAAUCCAUGUGCCAUUUAUUUCCGAUGCGUUAAUCUAUCAAAUUUAAUUUAUAUUUAUUCAUCAGUAUUGAUGUUCGUUUUAGCAAUUGGUUAUAAUAUUGAUUUAAGCACACAUAGUCUUAUUGGUUGUCGUUUUAUUUAUUAUUGUACAAUAUUAUUUGAUACUCUUGGUGCAUUUUACUUAAUUUUAGCAUCAAUUGAUCGUUUUAUAGUAACAUCACCAAAUGCACUUACACGACAACGAAGUACAUAUCGUCUUGCUUUUCUAUGUAUUUUAAUUGGAACUCUAUUUUGGAUGUUAUUUCAUAUACAUAUGUUUAUUUUUAUUAAUCUUCAAGAAGUAUUACCGGGUUAUUUUGUAUGUUAUUUUCAAUCAGAAUUGUAUCGAAAUCUUCUUUUUUAUUAUGGGACAAUAAUCAAAGGAAUAUUGAUGCCUUUAUUGUUAAUUGUCUUUGGAAUAUUGACAUGGAAAAAUCUUCGAAUAGUUCAUAGAAAUCGAGUUAUACCAAUUAGAACUGGAAACACAAAUCUAUCGGGAGAUCGAGAACAUUCUGUUUUAACUAAAAAUCGUCAAUUUACUUUAAUAUUAUUAAUGGAAAUAAUUAUUUAUAUAACAUUUACUUUAUUUUUAUCACUUGUUGGUAUUUAUCAACAAAUUGCACAGAGUGAAUCAGAAACAAUAGUCAUUUAUUUUAUUCGUAAUAUUGCACUUUUUAUUUCAUAUUUAUCAUUAUGUGCAAAUUUUUUUGGAAAUUUAUUUAUAUCAAAAACAUUUCGUUCUCAAGUCAAACAUAUAUUUUUAUGUAAAUGA